UACGUAUUCACAAUAUCAACGCUACUAAUUUCUACUAAACUCUCCACCCAUGGCAAAUGAAAUUUCCAGACACAUAUUGUCCUUCGUAUUGGUUUUACUACUACUCUCCGAGACUGUCUCAUUUGACUGGAAAAAACCUUGCAAGAGUUUUGUUCUCUACCAACAUAACAUCGCCUACGAUAGUGAUAACACGGAUAAUGCCACAUCAGCAACAAUCUUGAACCCUUUAGGACUAGGGAACUUUCUUUUCGGAAAGUUUGUGAUCUUUGACAACCCUGUAACAAUGGACCAGAACUAUCUCUCCAAACCGGUGGCUCGUGCCCAAGGAUUCUUUUUCUACAACAAGAAGUCUUAUUUCAACAUUUGGGUCGCUUGCACGCUGGUGUUCAAUUCAACGCAACACAAAGGGACAUUUACCAUAAUGGAUGCGAACCCGAUAAUGGAGCCGACCAGAGACUUAUCGAUAGUUGGUGGGACCGGUGACUUCUUCAUGACUCGUGGGAUAGCUACGUUCAAGAGCGACCUCAUUCAAGGCAGUAAGUAUUUCCGUCUCAAAAUGGACAUUAAUCUCUAUGAAUGUUACUAAUUAUGUUUUGGAUUUGCAUGUAUGCCAGUAUGUGACAUUGUAUAAGCUUUCAGCUAUUAACGUUUGUAGUUGAUGUUGUUCCUCCAGUAUUUCACAAAUGGUAUUGUAAUUUGUUUGUAAUAAUUUUUAUUACAAAAGUCGUGUUGGAUUUUGAUAA